AUGUCUGAAUCUUCACAAACCACUAAAACCGGACGGUCUACUCGAUCAAAGACAAAAAUCGAUCCCUCAAAGAUUAUCAAGGACGCGGUCCCCGUUACAGUUGUUCAUGCAUCCAAACCCAAAGCUCAAUCUAAUGACGCUGAGAAGCAAGGAAAAGGAAAAACUGUUGUGAAGAAGGGAACUUCUGAGGUAGGCGAUGAUAUCUCUCUUUCUACUGCUAAAAUUGCUAAAUCUAGUAAAGGAAGUUCUAAAAGAAAGAGAAGAGACUACAAGUCUAAGUUUGCUCUGUCUAUGUCUGAUUUGGUUUUUGAUUCGAAUGUUAACACAUCUGAGAAAGCAACUGAAGUAAACCCCAAAACUGUGUCUGAUGUUGUUGAAACAAUCGUGUCAACCGGUGAUAACCCUAGUCUAGAAAAAUUGGGGUCUGAAGCUGAAAAGAGAGAUCUUAAUUCUAUGCCUGUUGAAACUGAGAAGGAAGACACUCUUACAGAGAAUGAAGAUGCUGGAACUACUGAGGAAGAACCUGUGAAGGAAACUGUUGCUGAAAAGGAUGUUGAGCCAACUGCCACAACACCUGAGUCCACAGAUGAGGAAACUGGAACUGCUGAUGAGGAUACCUCUGAUGAUGAAGGGGACACUCAAUCUGAAGAGAGCAACCAGUCCAUCCCAACAGAAGAACCAGAAGUUGAAGCUGACAAAUCUGUAGAACCUGAGAAAGAAAAAGAGAAAGAUGAAGAUCUGUAG